GUGGGCGGGGCUCCAGAGCCGGGGGCGGGGCCGGCGAGGGCCGCCUCUGGAGGGUCCGCUAGUCGCGGGGCGGCGGCGGCGGCGGCUGCGGGCGCGAGGUUCCCAGCAGGAUGCCCCGGCUCUGCAGGAAGCUGAAGUGAGAGGCCGGGAGAGGGCCCGGCCCGCCCGGGGCAGGAUGACCAAGGCCCGGCUGUUCCGGCUGUGGCUGGUGCUGGGGUCGGUGUUCAUGAUCCUGCUGAUCAUCGUGUACUGGGACAGCGCAGGCGCCGCGCACUUCUACCUGCACACGUCCUUCUCUAGGCCGCAGGCGGGGCCGCCGCUGCCCACGCCCGGGCCGGACAGGGACAGGGAGCUCACGGCAGACUCCGACGUCGACGAGUUUCUGGACAAGUUUCUCAGUGCCGGCGUGAAGCAGAGCGACCUUCCCAGAAAGGAGACGGAGCAGCCGCCCGCGCCGGGAAGCAUGGAGGAGAGCGUGAGAGGCUACGACUGGUCCCCGCGCGACGCCCGGCGCAGCCCCGACCAGGGCCAGCAGCAGGCGGAGCGGAGGAGCGUGCUGCGGGGCUUCUGCGCCAACUCCAGCCUGGCCUUCCCCACCAAGGAGCGCGCGUUCGACGACAUCCCCAACUCGGAGCUGAGCCACCUGAUCGUGGACGACCGGCACGGCGCCAUCUACUGCUACGUGCCCAAGGUGGCCUGCACCAACUGGAAGCGCGUGAUGAUCGUGCUGAGCGGGAGCCUGCUGCACCGCGGCGUGCCCUACCGCGACCCGCUGCGCAUCCCGCGCGAGCACGUGCACAACGCCAGCGCGCACCUGACCUUCAACAAGUUCUGGCGCCGCUACGGGAAGCUCUCCCGCCACCUCAUGAAGGUCAAGCUCAAGAAGUACACCAAGUUCCUCUUCGUGCGCGACCCCUUUGUGCGCCUCAUCUCCGCCUUCCGCAGCAAGUUCGAGCUGGAGAACGAGGAGUUCUACCGCAAGUUCGCCGUGCCCAUGUUGCGGCUGUACGCCAACCACACCAGCCUGCCCGCCUCGGCGCGCGAGGCCUUCCGCGCUGGCCUCAAGGUGUCCUUCGCCAACUUCAUCCAGUACCUGCUGGACCCGCACACGGAGAAGCUGGCACCCUUCAACGAGCACUGGCGGCAGGUGUACCGCCUCUGCCACCCGUGCCAGAUCGACUACGACUUUGUGGGGAAGCUGGAGACGCUGGACGAGGACGCCGCCCAGCUGCUGCAGCUACUUCAGGUGGACCGGCACCUCCGCUUCCCCCCGAGCUACCGGAACAGGACCGCCAGCAGCUGGGAGGAGGACUGGUUCUCCAAGAUCCCCCUGGCCUGGAGGCAGCAGCUGUACAAACUCUACGAGGCCGACUUUGUUCUCUUCGGCUACCCCAAGCCCGAAAACCUCCUCCGAGACUGAAAGCUUUCGCGUUGCCCUUCCCCGCGUGCCUGGAACCUGCCGCACGCGCACUCCAGUUUUUUUUAUGACCUACGAUUUUGCAAUCUGGGCUUCUUGUUUACUCCACUGCCUCUAUCCAUUGAGUACUGUAUCGAUAUUGUUUUUUAAGAUUAAUAUAUUUCAGAUAUUUAAUACGAAACGUGGAAGGGAAUGCUGGAGUAAAAUCUCCCUUCUGCCCGCC